AUAUGACUUUCUGUAUUUCCCAAGCCUCGCUUCCCCAUUUACUAAAGUAGCAGUCACGUUACAAGAAUGGAGCUGCCCCGGGUCGCUGUAUGGCUCCUUUCUUUCCUGCUAAUCGAUUCAGGAAGGACAGAACCAGCCUCUGAAUCGUGGGGCUACGUGGAUGUCCGAGAGGGGGCGCACAUGUUCUGGUGGCUGUACAACGGCUCUGGGGGGAAUUUUAAGGAGCUGCCCCUUGUCAUGUGGCUGCAGGGAGGACCAGGGGGCUCUAGCUGCGGUUUUGGGAACUUUGAAGAGAUUGGACCCCUGGACAGGGACCUGAAACCCAGAAACACAACUUGGGUGAAGGCAGCCAGCGUGCUCUUUGUGGACAACCCGGUUGGCACCGGUUACAGCUACACCGAUAACAAUGGCUUUGCCAAGGACGUGGCCACGGUGGCAGAGGACAUGAUGGUCCUGCUCAAGAACUUCUUCAGCUCCAAAGCAGAAUUCCAGGGUGUGCCGUUUUACAUAUUCUCUGAAUCAUACGGCGGGAAAAUGGCCGCAGCAAUCUCACUGUACCUCUCAAAGGCUAUAUCAAAGGGGGAGAUUAAAUGCAGCUUUGCUGGGGUGGCCUUGGGCGACUCCUGGAUCUCACCUAUGGAUUCUGUUCGCACUUGGGGCCCUUAUCUCUACAGCACAUCUCUGCUGGACGACAACGGGCUAAGCGAGGUCAGAAAAGCAGCCAAGGCCGUGGAGGAGGCCAUCACCCAGGGCGACUUCCUGAAGGCCACACAGCUGUGGUCGACUGCAGAGUCCGUGGUGGAGGAGAACACCAAUGGGGUCAACUUCUACAACAUCCUCACCCCAGCAUCAGAAGAGCGAGUAAGCAGCGUAGCGGGACACGGAUACCUGGCCCUGCUGGUGAGACGCCACGUCAAGCCUCUGCACAGACAGUCACUCAGUGAAUUAAUGAACGGCCCAAUCAGAAAGAAGCUGAAGGUCAUCCCCCAGAACGUCACGUGGGGAGGCCAGUCAGAAGCAGUGUUCAGCUACAUGGCUGGGGACUUCAUGAAGCCAGUGGUGGACAUUGUGGACGAGCUCCUGGCGGCUGGAAUCAAUGUCACGGUCUACAACGGGCAACUGGACCUGAUUGUAGACACGAUAGGUCAGGAGCUGUGGGUGAAAAAGCUGAAGUGGACGGGUCUCCCAUCCUUCAACAACCUGCGAUGGACGCCGCUGGAUGACCCAGCUGCUCCGGGCCAGACGGGAGCCUUUUACAAGACGUACCAAAACUUCGCAUUCUAUUGGAUCCUCAAAGCUGGUCACAUGAUCCCGUCAGAUCAGGGAAACAUGGCUCUGAAGAUGCUGACAAUGGUGACGAGGCAGGAGUGAAUCGCCGCGCAGAUAACAGCCGUGACAAUCAACCAAAUAUCGCCAAAUUUCACCAAAUACGCGUGUCCCUUAUGUGUUCCUCACGGACCCUGUCUUCCUGUCUAUAUGUUUGAUUACCUCUUGAAAGUGUUUUGUUUACUGCUGUACAUGUAUUUGAGCAUAUUAAACACUUUUUUUUCUCAAA